GACUCGGGCACCAUUCAAGUCUCUCUUCUUUAAUGCCAACUUGCCAGCUCCUACGCCAUGUUGGUCCGAACUAACAGAUGAACCUCAGUUAGUCGCUCAGAUAACUAUCAUAACCCCACAACUCUAGAAGGAUUGCAAAGUUUCUCUCAUAACCCCACAAGGACUGCAAUAGCUUUGCGAUCUGAUCCUCGCGUCAACAGCAGAUUAGAAUUGCCAAAAUGACAGUCGACAAAUACUCCUACCAAAGCAGCUGAGUAAUCGGUAAAUUGGCAGUGGCAGGAGUAGUAGCUAGCUAGACAGCAGUCUACUACAGCGCACCAUUGACCAAGCAAACGAGACUUAGAGACUGUUGGGAUUCAAAGGGAUAAGGAAGAAACCAUGGUUUGAAGAUUAAAUCCAAAGUCAUUAGCAAGCAUGUUCUUUACUUCUUAAUGGCUAACAAUAAGGAGACUACAGUUCACUAGUCUCGUCAAACCAUGAGAAUUUUAAUACACAAGGAGGUCACCGCCAUCGAAUGUAACCCAUUUAAGGACAUGCUAUGCGCCAUGAGCACAAAGAGGAUUUCUUCAGGAAAAAAGGCGAGUCUAUGAACUUCAUAAUUAAUUUAUCAAGGCCCGCAAGCUGGCAGAUAAUAAUGUAAAAUGAUCUAUAAGGACACAUGGGUUACAUACUGUGAAAUCUACCUGCGACAAAGUAGGAGGAAAUGGCUGAGGUAGUGAUUCUUUCAGCUGUGAUAAAGAUUGGCGUUGCUCUAGGGAAUGAAGCACUGAAGCAGGCUAGCUCACAGUUCCAAAAGUCCAUUGCACAACUAACAGAGCUUCAGGGUAGGAUGGGUCGCAUUAGAAGUGAACUCAGGCUAAUGCAUGGAUUUCUUUGCCGGGUGGAUGUCCGGAAUCUGAAGAAUCAGAACUAUGGAAUCUGGGUUCAAGAGUUGCGAAGGCUUGGACACGGGAUCGAGGACAUUGUGGACGAGUAUUUGCAUCUUGUUGGUCAUAAACAUGAUACUGGAUGGGGUGCCUAUCUGAAGAAAGGAUUCAAGCGACCAAAUGUGUUGCUUUCCUUGAACCGGAUAGCAUUAUUUGUUAAGGAAGCAGAGAUCAAUCUUGUGCACCUCUUCCAGGCUAAAGAUAGGUGGGUUCCAAUGGUAGGUGGUUGGGAUCCCGGUGACUCGAGUUACAUUGUUGAGAGGUCCCAACACCUCGCAAGCAUUUCACGUUCCCUUGAUGCAGAAGAUCUUGUGGGGGUGGAUACAAACAGAGAAAAACUUGAGGGGUAUUUGGGAAGUGAUGAUUUGGUACGUUCUGUGAUAGUGUUGCAUGGAAUGGGAGGGCUGGGUAAAACAGCUUUGGCUGCUAAUGUCUACAAGAAAGAGAGAGAAAAGUUUGAAUGCCAUACAUGGGUCUCCAUCUCUCAAACUUAUUCCAUAAAAGAUGUCCUGAAAUGUCUGAUUACUGAACUUUACAAAAACAGAAACGACACACCUGGUAACAUCAACAACAUGGACAUUAAUGGCCUUCAAGAUGAAUUAAGGACCUUCCUACAGGACAAGAAAUAUUUCAUCAUAUUGGAUGACGUUUGGGCUCCGGAAGCUCUCAAUGAUCUAUUUGGAGCACUCGCUCAAAAUCAGAAGAGGAGUAGAGUACUUGUGACAACACGCAUUGAUAGUGUAGCUCACCAUGCUCUCCAAGACCAGAGGAUAACAAUUGAAGCUCUAUCAAAAGAUGACUCAUGGAAGCUCUUCUGUAAGAUGGGGUUUUCGAGAGAUACAAAUCAUAAAUGCCCUGAUGAAAUCACACAAUUAGCCCAGGAAAUUGUCAGCAAGUGUAAAGGCAUACCUCUUGCAAUUGUCGCUGUUGGUAGGCUGCUCUUCAUGCGCGAGAAGACCAAAGUGGAAUUCAAGCGAAUACAUGACCAGCUGGACUGGGAGCUAGUUAACAAUCCAAGCAUGGAACAUGUCAGGAAUAUUCUUUAUUUGAGUUUCAGCUACCUUCCGACACAUUUGAAAAGUUGCUUCCUAUAUUGCAGCUUAUUUCCAGAAGACCAUCUUUUCCAUAGAAAAAAGCUUGCACGGUUAUGGAUAGCAGAGGGGUUCAUCGAGCAGAGGGGUGCAAGCACAUUAGAAGAAGUGGCAGAAGGAUAUAUGCAGGAGUUGGUUCAUAGGAACAUGCUACAACUUGUUGAAAGGAACUCAUUUGGUAGGAUAAAGAAAUUCAUAAUGCAUGAUAUUAUACGUGAAUUAGCAGUUGAUUUGUGCCAGAGUGACUGUUUUGGUGUUACAUAUGAGGAAGACAAAUGUGGAGGGUCUCUUGAGAAUGGGGGGCGUCGAUUGGUAGUACACACACUAACGAAGGAUGUUGAGAAAUCAAUUUCAAGUUUACACCAGCUACGAUCCAUGACAGCAUUGGAUGAUACUAUGCCAUCAUUCACUCUGCUGCCUCUGUUAUGUGAGAAGUCAAGAUAUAUGACAGUGCUAGAAUUAAGUGGUCUCCCAAUUGUGAAGAUUCCAUAUGCUAUUGGGGAUCUCUUCAAUCUCCGCCAUUUGGGUCUACGUAAUUCUAAAGUGAAGAUGCUCCCGAAUUCUGUCGAGAAGCUUCUAAAUUUGUUGACACUGGACCUUUGUACAUCAGAGAUACGUGAGUUGCCCAGUGGGAUUGUGAAACUGAAGAAGCUUAGACACUUGUUUUCUCAGAAAUGGAAUGAUCAAUCUGAUAGAGCUCUCGAGGCGUGCAGUGGUGUACUCAUCUCCAAGGGUCUUGGUAACCUGACAAACCUGCAGACACUACAGGCGUUGCAGGCAGAGGAUGACUCUGUUAGACAACUGGGAGAGCUGAGGCAAAUGAGAAGCCUGAGGUUAUUGAAUGUGAAGAGAAUCUACUGUGAACGCCUCUGUGAGUCUCUUAUUCAGAUGCAGUUUUUGUCCUACCUAGAGGUGACCGCAAGUGAUGAGAAUGAGGUUCUCCGGUUGAAUGCCCUUCCACCGAAUCUGCAGAAGCUACGUUUGAGAGGAAAAUUGGACGAACAGACCAUACAUGAGUCCCUCGUCUUCAAAGCUGCAGGUGGAAACUUGUAUGCAUUGCGUCUAAACUGGUCAGGACUGAUACAAGACCCCCUGUCAUCCUUCUCCAGGUUGACAAAUUUGACGGAGCUGUUCUUGAUAAAUGCAUACAACGGAGAGCAGCUGGUAUUUCGCAUGGGGUGGUUCCCCAACCUGAAGACUCUUGUGUUAAAGGACCUUCCUCAUCUGAAGAGGAUAGAAAUAGACGAAGGUGCUAUGGCGACUCUGGAAAAAUUACACCUAGACAACCUCAACAGCAUGACAGAGGUCCCACUUGACAUUAAGUUCCUCGAAACCCUCCAGCAUCUAUUCUUCAUAGAAAUCAGCCCAGAAUUUCUUACGCUGCUGCGCAGCCAUCGUAGAAUUGGUGGUAUGCGCCAGUUUCGGUAUUCUCUCAGAGCUUGACUUAUGCUUUCUGAUCCGCACAAUGUGUAUGUCGCCGGAAUGAAGGCAUCAUAACUGCUGUUUCAAGACUCGUGCCGCUAGCUCCUCGCAUCAAAGAUUCGACAACUACUGCUUCGCUUUUCACACUGCUUCUUUGUGUGUAUGAAAAGAAAAACUAUGUACUACUACUGGUGUGCUUGUGAAGUGUUUAAUUAAUAUGGCUUUGUAAUAACAUGGCACUUGCUGUGAGACUGCUAUUGGUUUGUGGUCUGAUAUUGCUAAGACUUCAAAUUUUGCAUUGCAUUACUUUCUUGUUUAGAUUACGUACUUCUGUUGGCAUGUGCUUUGGGAUCUGUAUACUACAUGUUAUUUUCUCUUAUAUAUUUCAGUUGUAUUGUACUGGCUGUUAAGUCACUGAAAGCCUUUGUGUGGCUCACCUACGUACCAC